GGGAGAUAUCCUCGGUAUUUAUUGAAGGAAAUAUGCGGGAGGAAAAAGAUAUUAUUAUAGAUGGCUUAGAUGAAAUCAAAGAUUCUUCAAAAAACCUUUUUCUGGAAAAAAUGGACGAAGAUGAUAAAGAGGAUUAUAUAGAUGAUAUAUUUCCUGAUCAUUAUUAUGAUAAUGGAAAAAUCCCGGUUUUUAAACCAACGAUGGAACAGUUUCAUUGUUUUAAUAGAUUUGUAAAAUCUAUUGAUUCUUAUGGUAUGAAGACAGGGAUUGUGAAGAUUAUUCCACCAAAUGAAUGGUUGGAGAAAUUGCCGAAUUAUACAGAAAAGAUUAAGAAAAUACGAUUAAAAAAUCCUAUUGAGCAGCAUAUUGUUGGAAAUGGUGGUUGUUUUCGACAAACAAAUGUUGAGAAAAGACAGACCUUUAAUUUUCCUAAAUGGAGGAAAUUAUGUGAAAGUCCUAAUCAUUUGCCUCCCGCUCGUAGAGGAGAAACGAGGAAAAUAUCAUAUAAUGAUAAUGUGUGCAAAAAAGCCAAAAAUACUGAAUCUAUUAAUAAUUCGUUUGAAUCAGAAUCGAAUCAUGGAAAAGCUUUGAUUAACUGUUUAUCUGAAAAAAAUAUGAAAAAAAAGAUAGAAACGGAUAUUUCUAAUUGUGAAAAUGAGUCUGUGAAUAUAUUGCCAUGUGAAGUUUUUCUUAAGAAAGAAGAAACAGAAACUAAUUGUUUUUUGGAAAAAAGUCUUAAUAUUGAUAUAGAAGGGACUGAGAAUACACCGGAAGCCGACUCUAAUGGGUUGAUUCCUAAAAAGAAAGCUAAGAAGAAUGGUUUUGGAAAAAAUAAAAUUAAUCAAACUGACGACUGUGAUUUUCAUGGUUUUGAUUAUAAAAUAGCAAAUCCAGAAGAAUAUACGAUAGAAAGAUGCAAAGAACUCGAACGAAUUUAUUGGAAGACGAUUACUUAUAAUAAUCCAUUGUAUGGUGCAGACAUGCCUGGUUCGUUAUUUGAUGAUUCUGUUAAAGAAUGGAAUGUUUCUAAUUUAGAUAAUAUUUUAAACAAAAUGGAUAUAAUUUUACCGGGUGUUAAUACUUCUUAUCUUUAUUUAGGAAUGUGGAAAGCUACUUUCUCAUGGCAUGUAGAGGAUAUGGAUUUAUACUCCAUAAACUAUUUACAUUUUGGUGCUCCAAAACAAUGGUAUUCAAUAUGUCAAAAAGAUGCCUCUCGAUUCGAAGAUAUUAUGAGGAGGAUUUUUCCGAAUGAUUAUAAGUCAUGUUCUCAGUUCUUAAGACAUAAAACAUUUAGCGUUUCUCCUUCCGUUUUAGCACAAAACAAUAUUGAUGUGAAUCGUCUUGUACAACAUCAGGGUGAAUUUGUAAUAACAUUUCCAUAUGGAUAUCAUUCUGGAUAUAAUCUCGGCUAUAAUUGUGCUGAAAGUGUAAAUUUUGCUUCUUAUAGUUGGCUUGAGAUUGGAAGGAAUGCUAAAAGAUGCAGAUGUAUUCCAGAUUCCGUUCAUAUUAAUGUGGAUGAUGCAUUAAGACGUAUAUCUACUAAUAUUGAAGAAAAACAUGAAUCAAAAAAACGAAAAGUUAAUAAAAAGGAAUUUUCUGGAUUAAAAGGAUUGAAAAAAACAAAAUUGUUACAACAGAAAAAAACUGGAUGUUGUAUUCUUUGUCCUAAUGAAUCUAUUGGAGAACCAUUAAUAGUAACAAGUUGUGGAGGCUUAUCUCAUAGGAUAUGUGCAUCAUAUAUCCCAGAGACGUAUGUUGUAUCUGAUACGGCAUUGUCAAAAGAUGUUGUUCAUGGAAUAGAUAUGAUAGAAAAGGCACGAUUUAAAUUAAGAUGUAUGUACUGUCGUUCUAUUAAAGGUGCAUGUUUUCAAUGCUCUUAUCCAAAAUGUGUUCGAUCUUAUCAUGCAACAUGUGCUGCAUCUGCUGGUGUUUUGGUAGAAACAUUCCAAUUGGGUUUAAAUCAACAAUUUUUUUUUAGUUGUAAAUUUCAUCGUCCAAAACGACCUAAACCUGAAAAGCUUGAAGAUGACCCUCAUAUUCAUAAGUUUGCUGCAGAAGUUACAAUUGGUGAUGUUAUACAAGCACAAUAUACUAAAGGUGAUAUUUUUUCUGGAAUAGUGAGAGAAAAUCGUAUAGAUGAAAAUAUAGUUUUAAUUGAGAUAUCAUCUCGUGACUUAUAUGAGGUUGAAUAUAAAUGGAUUUUAGCACCGCCUCUUAGAACUUUUCCUCCAUCUGAAUUUUUUUCAUCUAAUAAUGAUUCUAUCAAAAUUAAUGGCGUACAAUCAAAUAAAGAGAAUUAUAUACCCAUAAAUAUCUCAACUCAAAACAAUGGUGAAGAUUUAUUUAAAAAUGUUUCUAUUCAGGAAAAUGAUGAAAAAUUAUCUACGAAUAUUUUAACCCAAAAUAAUAAUGAAGAUUCAUUGGCUACUUCAUCUUAUAAUUUUGUAGCUUCUGCUAAUUCGGAUUCUGAUACCCUUGCUUUAAAAUGA